AUGCCUGACAGUUCCCAGAAUGAGAUCGAAAGUGGUGUCUCAAAUGUUGAAAUUGAUUGGUUCUUGAGAGGGAAACUACCAAGUGCAGCAUCAUGUAAAAAUCCAUCAAAAUCAACCAAGUUAUCUUCGAAGUCUAAAGCUGAACCAGACCAAGAUUCAAAGCAUACCCACUCACCAGCAGAAGAUGAGCACAACCUACAUUCCCAUAUAAAAGCAAACAACGGCUUGGAAUUGAAAGACUUGUUGAAAGACGAGGCAGCUAAUGAGAAACUUCAUGUAUUGAGCAGGUCAAAAUCAUACUCAGAAGUGGAUUCAACUAGCCAUGAAAAGAAAAAAACCGGUUUCUUGAAAUCAUUAUUUUCUAGGAGUAAAAAUACAAAACAACAACAGUCUGAGAGAAAUAGCCAUUCAAAUUCACCAGAACCAUUAAAUACAGGUAAUUGUACUGGAUCUAAAAAUCUUGCUGAUGGUGAUGCAAAAAAUGCCAUUUCAAGAACAAGAUCAUUAUCACAAUCAAAUACUGAUUUGGAUCCAAAAUUGGAAGAAUUUCUGAGAUACUACAAAUCUAAAGGCCUGGAUAGAUUGCACCAAGAUUUGGAAAAACCUUCAAGAAGGGCUUCAGUAUCAUCAGCUGCAUCCACCUCUCAACGUCAUCAUCAUCAUAGCAAGAGACUAGUAGAUGCUCUGGGGAGACCAAUUCCACCACAUCCAGAUGUUCCACCAUUACCACCAGCCAUCAUUUAUGAAACUCACUUUGAAAAUAAAUCUCACCAUCAGCAAGCUCGUCCCCCAUCAACUCAAGGAUUAACAUCUUCAACAAACUCUUCAACAGCCAAAAUAAGUGGAUUUUUACGUCGUCAUAAUACUGGCCUUAAUGAUUCAGACAAUGUCAGUAGAAAUAGUUCAUUUUCAUCACAAGACAAGAGAAAAAUUGAGCAAGUGAUGGAGAAAUCAGCUCAAGAGAGCCACCCAGUUGUUAUUCCUGGUCUUGAAGAUUUACCAAAACUGAAAAGAGUAGCAUUUGAUGUCCCUGUAUUUUUCAAUGAUCCACCACAACAAAUCCCAUCAAGAACUCCAAGAAAAGGUGAAGUGGAGAUUUUGAAAGAUGGAAGUAUAGUUAUCCAUAAGCUAACAUCUGCUGAGAGAAGACAAAUAAUGAAUAAUUCAGGAGGUGGUAUAGUUGUCGGAGGUUCUGGUCAUUUGAAAAUCAUUUCUAAUCAAGACAAGAAGGAAGAGUCUGAUAAGGCUAGAGAGAAAACAACUGAAGAUCUAGAAGAGGAAGAUAAUGAACAUGAAGCUCAAAAACAUUCAAUCGGUGCAGCGGCAGCAGCAGCAGCUGCAGAGGCUAGAGCAAAAGCUGCUCCUAAUGAAUUGAGAAGAAUUGUCACAAACAAUGAAGAUGAAGUCAUGGUUAGUUCCGAUGCAUCAAAAAUCAACAUUGAUAAACCUAUGGUUCGCCAUAAUAAAAGUGCAACUUCAUUGAUGACUAUGGCAACAGUACAUGAUGGUCAAGAAGCUGAAGAAGACGAAAAUGAUGAUAUUUUCCCACCACAGCAUGUCAAAGUUCCCCUGGAUAUUUUAUAUACAAGAUGUUGUCAUCUAAGAGAAAUUUUACCAAUUCCUGCAACGUUAAAGCAACUUAAACCAGGUUCAACAGAUCCUAUAUCCUUGUUGCAAUUAAGAAAUCCCAAACCAUCAUUAGUUGAAGUGCUCACAUUUGCAGAUUUCGUUUCUGUUGCUCCAGUUUUAUGUGUUGCAUUAGACGGUGUUUCGUUAUCUUCAGAAAUGUUGAGAAUCAUUUUAAGUGCAUUAUUACCAAAGAAAGAAUUGGAGAAAUUGACAUUGAGAAAUACACCAAUUGAUGAUCUUGGUUGGAGAUUAUUGUGUUGGUUCUUGACUAAAAAUCAUACUUUAUCAAGACUUGACCUGACUCAGGUUCCUUCGUUAACUACAAAUGUUCAAAAACCAUCCAAGACCGCAUCAAAUAUUGUUAGAAUGGAAUGUAACAUGAAUGAUAGAUCUGAUAUGAAUUGGAAUCUGCUCAAUGCUGCAUUGAUUUCAAGAAAAGGUAUUGAUGAAUUAGUUAUUAAUGGGGCCAAGAUGAAUGAUGAACAAUGUAUGAACCUAUUUGAAAUGGGAUUAAGUAUUAGCACGACCAGAUUGGGUCUUGCUUAUAAUGAUUUAACAGAAAAACAAUGUGAGAUCAUUGCAAAUCAUAUGGAUGUGAAUAAAAUUGUCGGUGUUGACCUAGGUUAUAAUGAUUUGAAUGGGAAAUUGGGACCUUUCAACAAAAGGGUUGCUACUGAUGAUGUUUCUGAAUCUAACUUGAAAUUCAUUUCUUUGAAUUCAACUAAUCUGGAUAACUCAAAUGGUGAACUGGACUUAUUAAUUAGCACAUUUGCUAAAUUCAAAGAUCUUCGUUAUAUUGAUUUGUCAAAUAAUAAGAAGCUUUUCCCAAAUUUGAUUAUAAGCUUGAGUGAAAAUCUACCAUUAUACCCAAACUUGGCAAGAAUUCAUCUUGAUUACAAUGACUUAAAAUCAUCAGAAAUUGUUGCAUUUGCUGAAUUGAUUCCAUUUUGUAAAUCAUUAUCAUAUGUUUCAUUAGUUGGUAAUCAUCUGGAUACAGUUUCUGCAAGUGCAUUAACUAAUGCUCUCAAGAUUUCAAAAUCAUUAAUUACAUUAGAUUUAAAUUAUGAUGAGGUUGCACCAAAAUUCAGAGAAAGUAUUGGAUUAUACACAGUUAGAAAUAUGCAACAUCAAGUUUAUGGGAAACAAUCAGAUCCAAAAGAACUACAAGGUAUCCAGGAAGAAUUAUCACAUUUAUUGUUAUUAGAUGAAACUAAUCCUGAUCCUAAAUUGAUUGAGAAAUUCUUUGAGAAAGCUAUCAAAAUUAGAGAUAGAAUUCAUGAAACUAUUGAUGAACUAUUCAGACUGAGACUACAGGGGAAUUUGAGUACUGAUGGUAAAGAGACUUUAAUUAGGUUUUGUUUUAUUGAUGCAUCCAUUGAGAAAGGUUUGUCAUUACUAGAUAAGAAGACUGCAAAACAUGGAUUUGAUAUCAAGAAAUAUUUAACGCCCCAUCCUGAGACCCCAUUGUUGAGCAGAAGACCAAGUAACAUACUUCACUCUUCGUCAUAUUUAUCAGAGAACAACCAUAGUGAAUUAUUGCCAUUUGGAAUGAAUACAACUAGUCAUGAGGGUGAUAUUCAUAUUGAUGCUGAAGAGAUUAAAGACGAACAAAGGGCAAGAGCUAAGGAUACCAGUAAAAUAAAAGAGGAAGCUUCAAUUUUGAAAUUGAACCAAUAUAUUAAAAAUCAAAUGGAUCAUAAAGAUUUAAAACCAAACAUUGAUUCAAUUCAAGAUAUAAGUGGUGAGAGAUUUAGAGAAAUUUUACUGCAAACGAAUGAUUUGAAUAACGUUGUUGAUGUUUUAGAUUCAAUCAAGAAGGAAGGUAUCCCGCUAGAAAAGAUUUAUGAAAGAAAGGACUCAUCUGCUGGUAAUUCAACUUCAGCACCUUUGUUGUUGGAGACUUUGAAAAACACUCAUUCCAAUGUAUCUGAUAGAAAGACAAUUGUUUCAGAUAACGAUGAUGACAGUGAUUCAGAGAGUGAUAAAGAUAGUUAUAUUUCAGAUGAAGAAAAUGAUAAUGAAAUUAAUCAAGCUUAUGAUACGAUCUUGGACCAUUUGGAAAGGGUGAGAACUAAUAAUUAA